AUGACUAGAGAAGAGAUUGUUCAAUUCUUCAAUUGGUCCUCGUAUGUUAGUGUUCUGACGAUAGUGGCAUUUUCCAUGGAGAGGUAUUUGGCAAUAUGUCAUCCUCUGCACUCAUAUACCAUGUCUGGUUUGAAGAGAGCUACCAGGAUCAUAGCUGUUUUAUGGAUCACAUCUUUGAUCAGCGCCAGUCCUUUUGCCAUAUUUACUACUAUCAACUACCUUUACUAUCCACCAAAUACAACAGACAUAGCAACGGAGUCAGCCUUCUGCGCAUUGUUGUACCUACCGGAAGGUCUGCAUCUGUACGAAGCCUCCGGGCUGCUGUUUUUCCUGGCGCCAAUGCUGGUCAUGAUGGUUCUGUACGCGCGAAUGGGGCUACGUAUCAGGCGAGCGAAAAAACACACCCUCGGCAAGGGAGUGCGAGGUUCUGUGCACGGAGAGGCAAGGCAGGCACAGCACCGGAAACCUAUUAUACGGAUGCUAGCUGCUGUUGUCAUUGCAUUUUUCCUCUGUUGGAUGCCUUUUCAUGCUCAACGUGUAUUCUUCAUUCAUGGAAAAGACUGGGAAUAUUUUAAGGAAAUAAACGAGUGGCUAUUCUCCGUGGCCGGUUGGUUGUAUUACAUUUCUAGUACAGUGAAUCCAAUACUUUAUAACAUCAUGUCAAACCGAUAUCGAGUGGCAUUUCGCGAAACAUUGUGUGGAGGCAUUGGACGCUCUCGCCGAGGACGAGGAGUCGCCAAUCCAUCCGCAGGUUUGUCAUGUCACGAGAUGUCGACCGCAAGUGCGUACCAGGAGACGAGUCAGCUGAUGCGCAUUCGUUCGUUCUCGCGCCGAUGUCGACAGAGCAUGCGGCGGAAAAACAAAGAAGGCGGCGGACCACCGACGUACAAUAUGGAGUUACUCAGGAACAAUCAGGCUCCUGGUGAGAACAGACAGAAAAAUGGUGAUGGGAAGUUGAUGGCUAUUCAAGCUUAUAAUAACGGCCGGUCGAAUCACUACACGGGCAAUAACUUUUCGGGUGCAACUCACGAUGCGAAUCACAAAGGCGAGACCUUUAUAUAGGUUGUGAUAAAGAUGGACAUGUUAAUUUUAAGACUUACAUUGUUUUUGUUGUAUGACUAAACUUAUAUAUUAACUCGUAUUAGGUCACGGUGCUAUAAAUCUAUAGCAAACAUCAUGUUUAACUUAACGUUUUCCGUUUCUUUUAUUGUUAAAACAUGAUUUCGUUUAAAAGUUAGUUUUUAACACAUUGAUAAGUUAUUUUUUCAACCCUUCAUAUCAUGUAGGGCAGGGCUUAAAGGUCCAAUGCGGCCGCUUUGACCGGGACUGUCCCGGUCCUUGUGUCCUGGGUUUUUUUAAAAGCAUAUUUGUCCAGGAUUUAGAGCCUUUGUCGUUCCGGGCUUUGCUCUUAUUUGAUAAGAAAACUACAACUACUCAUCAAAUAUCUUAGUGUUACGUACACAGAGUAAGCUCAUAUGAAACAAUACGUUGUGAAUGAAAAAAUUGCUGAAUACAGAGUUUCGGAGGCAGGUUAAAAUAGCCUCUUACAUUAAUAAUUUCGAUAAAAAUGAUUACAAAAUUAAAUUUGUUGACUGCUG